AUGAACUUACUGUCUGCAACAUCCGAAGAGCUCCGCCACUUGGCGUACUAUUGUCGUGCUCGGUCUCCGACAGAAAAUAACUUCCAAAUAACUCCAGCACAGCUCAAUGCAAUCGAGAUCGCCACUACAUUCGAUGCAGAACAUCGCCAUCUCACUGAGGCCAUCAGAAGUGAAUUACUCGAGGGUGGUAAUAGCAAGCGACCGUUACAACUUCUUGUCCAGCACCUCAAGAUUUAUGAUGCAGAGUGUCAUGAAACAUCUCCCCCAGUCCUCGCCGCGACAAAAGAGGGCUCAACCGGACAACCUAAUUUGCUAGAUGUUUGUCUCCAUGAGUAUCAGCUCGUUAAGAGUCAUGAUGAAUCACGAAUGUUUUUCCUCAGUCUCGACGAGUUCUGCGAUGUGUUUGGCUUUUCAUCUGCAGUCGUCCGUCGUAUGGAGUCCACCAAUCCAUACACAAACAAGGCAAUCCCUAAAGGUUUUGCAACCGUUUUAGUUGUAUUCCCAACAGAUAUUGAAGGCGGAGCGUUACUCCUUCGCCAGGGACAUCACGAAUGGACAAUUGAUUUUGCAAAACUGUUCGCAAGGAUGACGCAGACAUCUGUGGCAUUUCUUGCGUUCUACGACGACGUACAGGUUGCGGUCAGAAAAAUCACGUCAGGUCAUCGUGUGAUACUUACAUAUCGCCUACACUUUCCAACCGAUGACGACAUUUCGCUCGCCACCCUCGAGAGAAAGGGUGUUUACGACGUAAACUCGCUGACAACAGGUAUCAUCAAACUGCUUUUGGACCCAGAUGUUUUGCCUGAAGGCGGAUACCUGGCAUUCGGCCUUCACAAUCAGUACAUGUCUAGGUCUAGGUCUGUGGCCGAUGUCGACAGUCACCUGAAGGGCACAGAUGCAAUGAUCGCAUGCGUCUUAAGCUCGCUUUCCAUCCCCUGGUCAGUCCGUAUUCUGUAUCGAAAUGUUGGAUGGACGGAAUUCAGUUUCUUGGCGGAUCAUAUAGUUGAUCUUUCCGGUCACGACGAGGUCCACCACUUGGUGAAAACAUUGGGGAGUCCUGAAGUUGUUUGUUUCGUAGGGGCGCGUGGUAAAUCGGAUAGAAGAAGGGCCAAGUCAGACGAAUAUGUAGUGGAAGGCAAAGUUCCAACAGACAUCAUGUUGGUUAGCACAAGGCCUUCAGCAUGGGGUUUCCACUCGCAUUAUGUUGCGGGUGGUCGAGAGGUGACGAUGGGAAGCUUCUACGGAGACGUGUGCAUCAUAGCGGAAAGACGGUCACGGAAGACAUUAUAG